AAGAAACAUAGUGUCAUUUACAGCGUUUGGGUUUUGUUGAAAAAAAUGGGGAGAGGUAGGGUUGAGUUGAAGAGGAUAGAGAACAAGAUUAACAGGCAGGUGACUUUUGCUAAGAGAAGGAAUGGGCUUUUGAAGAAAGCGUAUGAGCUUUCGGUUCUUUGUGAUGCCGAGGUUGCUCUCAUCAUCUUCUCCAAUAGAGGAAAACUGUACGAGUUUUGCAGUAGUUCAAGCAUGAUGAAAACAUUGGAGAGGUACCAGAAGUGCAGCCAUGGAGCUCCCGAGACAAAUGUUUCAGCUAGGGAGGCUCUGGAGUUGAGCAGUCAGCAGGAAUAUCUGAAGUUCAAAGCACGAUAUGAAGCCUUACAGAGGUCCCAAAGGAAUUUACUAGGAGAAGAUCUUGGCCCUUUGAGCAGCAAAGAGCUCGAGUCGCUUGAGAGGCAGCUCGAUUCAUCGUUAAAGCUGAUCCGAUCGACUCGGACUCAAUACAUGUUGGAUCAGCUCACUGACCUCCAACGAAAUGAACAUCUACUUAAUGAGGCCAACAGGACCCUAAAACAAAGGUUGAUGGAAGGGUAUCAAGUAAAUUCACUUCAGUUGAAUCCAAACGUCGAGGAUGUCGGCUACGGCCGACAACCAGCUAAUCAGCCUCAGGCCGGCGACGUCUUCUUCCAUCCAUUGGACUGCGAGCCGACAUUGCAUAUCGGAUAUCAGCCGGACACGAUAUCGGCCGUCACCGGGGGUCCGAGUGUGAAUAAUUACAUGACGGGAUGGCUACCAUGACUCUGAUGAUACAUG